ACGGCUGUCUUCACUCCUAUAGCUUCUCAGGCACUUAUAAGGACAGCUCAGGGGUCCUUCCAGUCAGUACCGGCUAGCAAGAUGGUGGCGGAGAGGUUACUGCUGUGUGUGGUCGCCGCUCUGCAGGCGAUAUCCGCCUACGGAGCUGAGCUGUCCUCGGAGGCGUGCAGAGAUCUUGGCUUGUCAAGUAACUUAUUGUGCAGCUCGUGUGAUCUUCUCGGACCCUUUGGGCUGAAUGAGAUUGAGCCCCUGUGUAGACAGUGCUGCCAGCAGGAGGCACGCCUGGAAUUAAGAAAAAUGUACCCAGGGGCCAUUCUUGAGGUCUGUGGAUGAAAACUGGGGAGGUUCCCUCAAGUCCAGGCUUUUGUCAGGAGUGACAAGCCCAAGCUUUUCAGGGGCCUGCAGAUCAAGUAUGUGCGUGGCUCUGACCCUGUACUGAAGCUUCUGGAUGACAACGGGAACAUCUCUGAAGAACUGAGCAUCACCAAAUGGAACACGGACAGCGUUGAAGAAUUCCUGAGCGAGAAACUGCACCGUUUAUAACUUGUUAUACAUAUCACAAACCCGCUCCCUAUCGAAUCAGACCCCCUCUUUAGCUUUAUGCUGGGUGUCCUCUGUACAUCAGCCCUGCUUUACUACUUUUAUACUGUAAGAAAUCUGAGACUGAACCCCAGUGACUGUUCUCAUGAACAUCCAGGCAGACCAGGCUGUGUAGAUUACAGUAGUUGUGUAAUGGACGCAAUGUAGUAAGAUAUAGAUGCGGUUUGGGCCCUGGUCAUUCCUUGUAUUUGUGUGGUUCGCCACAAAAAUAGUAUUAAAGGGGAUGUCCAGAAUUUUGUCAUUCAUAGCCUAUGUUCAGCAUAGACCAGAGCGGUGGGGGUCCUGUGUUCUGCACCACUGCUGAUCAUUUAUUAAGGCCUUACGCACAUGGCCAUUGUUCGGCCAUUCUGUGCACUGGCACCAUUCCUGCAGCUGCCGCGACUGAUCCAGACCAGUCCAUGAUCCGUCUGACCGCAAAAAAAAGUUCUAUUCCAAUAUUUGUUUUUUUUGGUGCAGAA